UGCUAUACCUAUACAUACACUUUGAUAGCAGCAUUGGUUUGAUCGGAUUAAGUGAAAAUACCAAUGAUUCAACAAAAGAGAAAAGAAAGUGGAAAAACCAAGACAUGAUGCCCAUCAUUUAAUUUCAUGUGCUCUUCAAUCCCCAUACAUGCAUACUACAUAUACAUUUCUCCCUUCCAUUCCAUUCAUCCCACCUUCAUAGCUUUUCUUUUCUUUAAGGGCCUUGAGAAAUUCAGUAAAGGUCUCACCUUUUUCAGAUAUUGAUACACAUUUUGCGUACAUAUACACAAAAAGAAAUACAAGAAUACGUUGGUUUAUACACAAAACUUGUGUAUGGAAUCAUUUGCUUUUUCUGGGCCUCUUUGAAAUUGCUUUAUCAGAUGGCUGUCUCAAAGAGAAUAUAUAAAGAGAAUCUUGAUCUAUGCGUGAUGGGCUCUCUUCUCUCAGGUUUCUCAGAUUGUUUUCCUGCUGUUCAACGGUCUUCACAUACCCUUUUCAUUGGGGGCUGCGAAAAUUAAAUCCAACUCUUGUUCCAAGAUUUUCUUUUUCCAAGUGGGAGAAAGCUGAGAGCGCCUGUGUUUAAAGAGAGAUAUAGAGGAAAAAAACUGUUUAUAUACAGGUUAGAUAUAGAUACAAAUAAAUAGAGAAUUAUUGGUUUUGUUCUCUGCAUGUAGUGGGAGUUGGAGAAAAAAUUUGGGGGAAAGUAAUUUUGGCAUUGGUUGGAGAAGGGAGGAGGGCCAGUUGAUAAAAUGGAGCAGGAAUUUGAUGCAAAGCUGAGGAUUGAGAACAACAGUUCUUCAUCCAGUAAUAUGGAUAAUAGUAAUCCUCAGAGAUCUAAGAGCUUUGCGUUUAGAGCACCCCAGGAGAAUUUUAGCAUUCAAGAUUUUGAAUUGGGGAAGAUUUAUGGUGUAGGUUCUUAUUCCAAGGUUGUCAGAGCAAAGAAGAAAGACACAGGAAUCGUUUAUGCUAUGAAGAUCAUGGAUAAAAAGUUCAUCACAAAGGAAAAUAAAACAGCUUAUGUAAAGUUGGAGCGCAUAGUAUUAGACCAGCUAGAUCAUCCUGGUGUAGUACGGUUGUUUUUUACUUUCCAAGAUACUUUCUCGCUCUACAUGGCGCUUGAAUCCUGUGAAGGCGGAGAACUUUUUGAUCAAAUAACCAGGAAAGGUCGUUUGUCUGAGGAUGAGGCUCGUUUCUAUGCAGCUGAAGUUGUGGAUGCUCUUGAAUAUAUACACAGUAUGGGGUUGAUACAUCGAGAUAUUAAGCCGGAGAACCUGCUGCUUAGUGCAGAUGGACAUAUCAAGAUUGCUGAUUUUGGUAGUGUAAAGCCUAUGCAAGGUAGCCGGAUAACUCUUCUUCCAAAUGCGGCAUCAGAUGACAAAGCAUGCACGUUUGUGGGAACCGCUGCUUAUGUACCUCCUGAAGUUCUCAAUUCCUCUCCGGCAACUUUUGGGAAUGACCUUUGGGCACUUGGAUGCACAUUGUAUCAAAUGCUUUCAGGGACUUCUCCUUUUAAAGACGCUAGCGAAUGGUUAACUUUCCAGCGAAUUAUUGCUAGAGAUAUCAGAUUUCCAAAUUACUUUUCAGCAGAAGCACGAGAUCUCAUUGAUCAAUUAUUGGACAUGGAUCCCAGCAGGCGACCAGGUACAGGACGUGGCGGUUAUGCUACACUCAAGAGCCAUCCAUUUUUCAAGGGGAUUGAUUGGACGAAUUUGCGGGAAGUAACCCCGCCUACUCUUGCUUUGGAGCCAAGAGCUCCGUCUACCGGAGGUGAAGACCAAGACUCGUCAUGGAAUCCAUCACAUAUUGGGGAUGGUUCACUCAGGUCAAAUGAUGGGAACGGUGCUGCUGAGUCGGUUUCUGAAGGUGGGAGCAUAACUAGGCUUGCUUCAAUUGACUCAUUUGAUUCGAAAUGGAAACAAUUCUUGGAGCCCGGUGAAUCCGUUCUUAUGAUCUCAAUGGUCAAGAAACUGCAGAAACUAACAAACAAGAAAGUGCAACUUAUCCUUACAAAUAAACCAAAGAUAAUUUAUGUGGAUCCUGCAAAAUUGGUGGCCAAAGGAAAUAUAACAUGGUCCAACAAUCCUAACGAUCUUAGCGUUCAAGUCACGAGUCCUUCACAUUUCAAGAUUUGCACACCGAAGAAAGUUCUGUCUUUCGAGGACUCAAAACAAAGAGCAAUGCAGUGGAAAAAGGCGAUCGAGACCCUUCAAAACCGCUGAAUUUUUGUUUAUGAUUUCGGCCACACAUUCUUUUUGGACAUAACUAAACACUAGCACAAACGUAAAAUGGUAGAAAAACGCAAGCAUCCCAUUAACAACGAAUGGAUGCUCCCGAGGACACUUCUCCUGAAGAAAGUCGUUGAAGCUACAAUGCUACAGAAGUGGCCUCGUAUAAAGCCAGAUGUUAAACGUCACAGAUAUUCUUCUUCUCUGACAUGCAGUUCCUAUCAGCAUCUGCAGAAAUGAGGGCUUCGUUCAUGUGGCCACCCAUCCACCAUUUUUGAUGUGUAAUCUUCUUUCCUGAACCUUUCAAAUUGAUUGCAUUUGUUUAUAGCAGGGAUUGCUUUAUAUUAUUAGGCCUUCAACAUAUCCGAACCUUAGACAAACAAAAGAUCUAUAAACUGAAUGAAAUGUGUCACAGUGCUGAAACAUAUAUAAAUGAAGUGUUUAUUGUCCAUUA